UCUAUUCGAGUCUAAAUUUUACAGCAAACAACUUCUUCCUAUCCAUGCAGAUAAUUACACAUAUAAAUGCAGAUAAUUACUCGAUUUGCUUGAUUAAUUUAAUACUAAUUUAAUAUUUAAUAGGGACCAACUCAGGAGUGUGACCAGUUCUCAUCAAGGAUCUCAAUUUCUUCUUCUUUUGCAGUGUAUAGCAGCCUCUUCAUAUUCUUUGACCCUUCUUCUAAAGUAGAAUUUUGCUUUGAGAUCUUAAAGCUUGUAACUUUCUUCUUGGCCCUUUUCGUCUGUUUAUUUCUGUUUACCUUAUUAUUAAUUUUGCCAGUUCAUGUUCAAUCUAUGCAUACUUUUCGCCUUUGACUUCUUUAACUUGACAUUCUUUCAAUUUUUUCUGCUUUCUUGAUUGCUCAUGUGAAUUGUAGUUGAAAGUAGAAGUAUUUGUACUCUAAUAUGAUUAGUUGAUUUGAAAAUCGGUGAAAAUCACUUGGAACUAUUGAUGUGUUUGUGGGUAUUUAUGUUUGUUGUAGUUGGUUUUCUGUGUUAAUUACAAGGUUCAGUACUGAAUUUAUUCUUGGCGAUUUGAGGUGGAAAAGAAAAAUUUUGACUUUUGAAGGUGAUAGUCUUUUGGGAACGAUCUUAGGAUUGGAUCUUCGUUACUUAUAAAGCAAUAUUUAGUGGUAGAGUUAAUUCUUAAUGCUGCAAAUUAAGGGGUUGUGGGAGAAUUGAUUGAGUUUGGGACUAGAUGGGUAACACUUGUGUUGGACCAAGCAUAUCGAAAAAUGCUAUUUUUGAAUCAAUUUCAGCUGCCAUGUGGGGAUCGCGAAUGCCUGAUAAUAACGAUCCUUCCGUAGAUGGUAAGAGUGCUAAAAACGAGACACCGACGUCUGUUGGAGAACCAGAGUCACCUAUGCCAGUCCAAAACACACCACCGGAACGAGUGACAAUUCCAAAGCCGGAAACUAAUCAAGAAGAGCCGGUUAAACCUAGAAAGCCUCCUCAUAUGAAGAGGAGUAACAGUGCAGGGCUUAGGGCUGAUUCUGUUUUGCAAAGGAAAACUGGAAAUUUGAAGGAGUUUUUUAGAUUGGGGAAGAAAUUAGGACAAGGGCAGUUUGGAACAACAUUCCUUUGUGUGGAAAAAGAGACCGGCAAAGAAUACGCUUGCAAAUCUAUUGCCAAGAGGAAGUUAUUGUCUGAUGAUGAUGUUGAGGAUGUUAGAAGGGAGAUUCAGAUAAUGCACCAUCUAGCCGGGCAUCCUAAUGUUAUAUCUAUUAAAGGGGCAUAUGAGGAUGCUGUUGCCAUUCAUGUUGUUAUGGAGUUAUGUGCAGGUGGCGAGCUUUUUGAUAGAAUCAUUCAACGAGGACAUUAUACUGAAAGGAAGGCAGCUGAGCUUACUAGGACUAUAGUUGGAGUUGUAGAAGCUUGUCAUUCUUUGGGCGUUAUGCAUCGUGACCUUAAGCCCGAAAAUUUCCUUUUUGUUGAUAAGAAGGAGGAAUCACUCCUCAAGACAAUUGAUUUUGGAUUGUCGAUAUUCUUCAAGCCAGGAGAAAAAUUUACUGAUGUGGUGGGCAGUCCAUAUUAUGUUGCACCAGAAGUUCUUAAAAAGCACUAUGGAGUUGAGGCCGAUGUUUGGAGUGCUGGAGUAAUUGUUUAUAUUUUGCUCAGUGGAGUUCCUCCUUUCUGGGCCGAAAAUGAGCAAGGAAUAUUUGAACAAGUCCUACAUGGCGAACUUGACUUCGCAUCGGAUCCCUGGCCUAGUGUAUCAGAAGAGGCAAAAGAUUUGGUUAGGAGAAUGCUUGUUCGAGACCCCAAAAGGCGUUUAACUGCAUAUGAAGUCCUGUGCCACCCUUGGGUUCAAGUUGAUGGUGUGGCUCCUGACAGGCCUCUGGACUCUGCAGUUUUGAGUCGCAUGAAACAAUUUUCAGCGAUGAACAGACUUAAGAAAAUGGCUCUUAGAGUAAUUGCAGAGUCUUUAUCAGAAGAAGAAAUUGCUGGCCUGAAAGAAAUGUUCAAGAUGAUAGACACUGAUAACAGCGGCCAUAUAACUUUUGAAGAACUCAAAGUGGGACUAAAGAGAGUUGGUGCCAAUCUGAACGAGUCUGAGAUUUAUGAUCUAAUGCAAGCAGCUGAUGUUGAUAACAGUGGGAGCAUUGAUUACGGGGAGUUUGUAGCUGCCACAUUGCAUCUCAACAAAAUUGAGAGAGAGGAUCAUUUAUUUGCUGCAUUCUCAUACUUCGAUAAAGAUGGAAGUGGCUAUAUUACCCCAGACGAGCUGCAACAAGCAUGUGAGGAGUUUGGCAUGGAGGAUUCACGCAUUGAAGAGAUGAUCCGAGAAGUUGACCAGGACAAUGAUGGACGUAUUGAUUACAAUGAGUUUGUUUUCAUGAUGCAAAAAGGGAUUCCAAUUGCUGGUGGUGGUAAGCGAGGCCUAGAGACUAGUUUAAGCAUAAAUUUCAAAGAUGUGCUUAAACUUUAACACAGGCUUUCAAGAGGUUUUUUUUUUUUCCUUAUUCUUUUCAUUUUCUUUUUCUUCCUCGUUCUACUCAAGAGUUUAUGAUGUUAGAAUGGUAUAGUAAGAAGUCCUUGUGGUUAAUUCUUGCAUUGCAAAAUCCACUUUUCAUUUGUUUUUCUUGCUGUUGUAAUGUGAAGACGGCACAAAACUAAUUUUUGCUGUUAAAUUCACUUCUUGGUGUGGGAGCAGUUAAAGUUAUGA